AUGGCUGAGCGCAUCCCGGAAAUCCUCCUCACCAAUCCGAGCAACCAAGACAGCGCUCCAUCACCUGCACAAUCGCCAGUCAAGGAAAACAAUGACCUUCGCUUUUCCAACAUUACAGACUCUCGGGCGGGAGCAGCAGCCGGACGUCCCGUGACGCCAGCCAGUAAAUCUGGCAGACCGGACUCUGCCAAUGGAUCUGCUCAGCCUUCCACCUCACCAUCUCGACGAUUCCGUCGACCUAGUACCAACGCUUCCUCCGUGAUCAGUAGCUCGACACAGUAUGGAGGAGCAGAGACCACCUCGCAAGAGGCCCAGGCGACCAUGGACCCGCUGUCUCAGCACCUCAUGAAGAGGACGAACGGCGUGAUGAGUGUGCCGUCUCCGAAUGGCAGACCGAAUAGCAGAGGUGGUAGUCCAAGCAAAGAUAGACCGAGUUCGAAGGAACCAAGCCCUGCGCCACCAGCACGCAACCUAGAACCACUCAGCCGCACCAGUACUUCAGAGACUGCAGUCAAGGAUCUUCGAAAGGGUGUCAAAGCCGUGUCAUUCUUGAGCAAGUUGAUGGGAGGUGCCAAGAAGCGAGGUCCGGCGGAAGCUAUAGCGGAGGAACAAGCACUGGAAGAGGACGAAGAUCGACCCGAGGGCACGGAGGCUCAAGUCUUUGCGCAGCCCGUAGACAAUAUUGGAUUCAGCCCACGACACCCACAACCACCUGGAUAUAUCAAAGUACGGUCGAAGAACAAGCAGAAACGCGAUUUCGAUCGACUGUUUCUGGCGCAAGAACUGGAGUCUCGGGAUGUGCCCAAGCUGGAAAGACGAUCUAGUAAGCUCGUGCGAAAAACAACGACAGUACCAGAUGGUAGCCGCACUGUAUGGGCGAUGGAGUUUAGUAAAGAUGGGAGGUAUUUGGCCACAGCCGGAGCAGACAAGAUUGUGCGAGUGUGGGCUGUGUUAUCGAGCUCUGACGAUCGCGGAAAGCAUGAGAAGCAAGAAGCAAUGGAUGAUCAGCCCAACGGUGCUGGAGCACAUCCUCAGCACGUCAGCGCACCUGUCUUUCACAGUCGACCAAUCAAGAAAUUUCGAGGGCAUACUAGUACUAUCCUGGAUCUGAGCUGGAGCAAAAACAACUUCCUGCUAUCAUCCUCGAUGGAUAAGACUGUUCGACUGUGGCAUACAAGUCGAGACGAGUGUCUUUGCACAUUUAAGCAUAACGACUUUGUACCGUCGAUCGCUUUCCAUCCUAAGGACGAUCGUUUCUUCCUUGCGGGCUCCCUGGACCACAAACUUCGACUGUGGAGUAUACCAGACAAGAGUGUCGCAUAUGCUGCUCAAGUACCGGACAUGAUCACGGCUGUGACCUUCACUCCUGAUGGAAAGUAUGCGAUGGCUGGCACAGUGGGUAGUGUUGUGAUGUUCUUCGAAACUGAAGGGUUGAAGUACAGCUCGCAGAUGCACGUUCGAUCCACACGUGGCCAGAAUGCGAAGGGCAGCAAGAUCACUAGUCUGCAUACUGCUCAUUCGCGUAAUGGCGAUGUCAAGCUGCUGGUUACUAGUAACGACUCACGGAUUCGGCUGUACAACUUCCGGGAUAAAAGUCUGGAGCUGAAGCUGAAGGGCAACGAGAACAACUGCAGUCAGAUCCGAGCUACGCUGAGUGAGUGCGGUCGAUAUGUCUCUUGUGGCAGCGAAGACCGACGCGCAUACAUUUGGUCGUUGCACUCCACAGAAAGCGAUCAGCGAGACAAGCGGCCGUUCGAGUCUUUCGAAGCACACAGCACGAUCACGACGGCUGUUUGUAUGGCUCCAGCCAAGACGAGGAGUCUUUUGAGCAAGUCCGACGAUCCCAUCUACGAUCUCUGUAAUCCGCCACCUAUCACACUUAUGAGCAGAGCCGAACGAGCAGAGUCCCAGGCAUCGUCACAACCUUCAAGCAUAAUCCACACACCAAUCGACCAGGACUCCAGAGCCAUGCAAUCGCCAGCGUAUUUGACCCGCAGUGGCCACCAGGACGGCAACAUCAUCGUCACGGCCGACUUCACAGGCAAGAUCAAGGUAUUCCGUCAAGACUGCGCAUGGAACAAGCGGAAGACAGACGACUGGGAUCGAGCAUCGAUGUUCAGCAAGCGUGCUGGUCGACCUGGUUCGCUUGCUACGAGAGCUAGUCAGCGUAGUCUGCGGGAGGGUAGACCGUCCGUUAGUACGCAGCCUUCGAGCGAGAGGAUAAUGACCUGGCGACAAGGAGUGGCUAGUACGCCUGCUCUUGCGAAUAAUGGUGCUAGAAGGAGUUCAAGCAAGCACACCAGCCGAAGUGGUAGUCCUGGGAAGUCGCUCGUCGAUGCUAAAGAUUUCACGGCGUCGAUUGGGACAGCUCAUACUAAUGGCGCUGCCAAGUCUAAAGAGACUGCAGGCACAUCACUAAAGCACUCCGAUACCAACCCUCUGCUCAUCUCGGGCGGUCAAUCAUACGCUUUCUAUGAUACGAACCAAUAUGUGGAAAACGCCGAACGACUUCGUCGUCUGCACGAGCAAAACCCAUCUUUGGCCCUGAGUCGUCAGAACACAACCGGCGGAGCGUCCGUCAACGGUGAACAUCACGAUCAUCAUCUCGCCGUACGACCGCCUCAUAAUCGUGAUGCUUCGUAUGUGAGUCGGCUGAGCAAUGAGAGAAGCAGCGGUAAUAGUACAGACGACGACGAAGAGGUAUUUGAAGAGGCGCGGGAAGGCAGACGAUUCGAGAGGGAUCGAAGGUGUGGGUUUUGUGGUUCGCGGUCGUUCAAGGUGGAGCAUUCGCCAACGAGGCCUUGUUGUUCUGGCUGUGGGAGGACUGCCGCUAUUGUUGCUUGA